AUGGUGGGUCAUGAUUUGAGUAAGUGCCCCUCUAAACAAUCUUGCUUAGCUUGCAGUGGACGCCAUCACACUCUGCUUCACGACGCGCUCAAGACAACGUCGUCAACCUGCAAUUACGGCUCUAUGGAGGCAAUGCCGACGGGAUCUUCAUCUUCGCUUCCGGAGGAACCCUGCUCAGCGACCUCGCUCUCCUUGACGGCCGGACCACGCUCAGCCGCUGUACUAGCAACAGCCAAGGUGAAAUUGGAGGCACCAUCAGGCGAAGCCCUUGAAGUCCGAGCGCUCCUGGAUACGGGCUCCGACGCUUCUCUUGUCUCCUCUUGGGUGGUUCAGGCCCUUCGUUUGCCACGGCGGGCGGUACGAGUUACUAUCUCCGGCGUCCAAGAAAACCAGAACGGGGUUUCUACAGGCGAGGUCUCCUUGGUAGUACGACCCCGCCAUCCGUCCGGCUUCCGCUUGCCGGUUCGGGCCUUGGUUUUGCGGAAACUAACAUCUUUGUUGCCAGCCCAUCGAAUCACUCCACAACCUUGGCUACACCUGAAGGGUUUUCCGUUAGCCGAUCCAGAAUAUGGCGUGCCGGCCCGCGUGGACCUCGUCUUGGGAGCAGAUGUCUGUGGAGCUCUGUUCACGGACGUCACUCGAACGGGAUCACCAGGAACGCCCACGGCGAAGCUUACACCCUUCGGCUGGGUCCUUAUGGGAGCAACAUCUUCCGCCACAGCUCAAGAGGAGGCGCGUACCUUCCACUGCCGAACCGAAGCUAACAUCGGUCCGCUGCUCCAGCGUUUCUGGGAGCUAGAGGAGGUUCACGACCGCCCCCCAAUGUCGGAAAAAGAGGAGAAAUGCGAGCAGCACUUCAAGGGGACCCAUGCACGAGACCAGAAUGGACGCUAUGUGGUACGCUUACCUUUCAUACGGGACUCUGCCGCUUCGCUGAAGCCUUCUAGGACAUCCGCGCUGAAGCUCCUGUUCAAUUGCGAACGCCGAUUAGCCUCGGACCACGCAUUAAAGGACAAGUACAGCAAAUUCCUGGAAGAAUACCUGUCCCUGCAGCACAUGAAGACAGUCCCGGAAACGGCCAAGGAAGAAUCGGCGUAUUAUCUCCCGCAUCAUGCAGUCGUCAAGCGGCACGACCCUACGGCAAAACUACGAGUCGUCUUCAAUGCCUCCUUUCGAACCGCUUCAGGAUACUCGCUUAAUGAUUGUUUGUCCGCAGGGCCUCAGCUCCAAGCAGACCUCUGGAUGGUCUUGACACGGUGGCGUAUCUUCAAGGUCGUUUUCACUACAGAUGUGGUGAAAAUCUUCCGUCAAAUCCAGGUUCAUCCGGAGGAUACGAAAUGGCAACGGAUUCUUUGGCGAACUGGUCCGGAUGAAAGAGUGCAGGACUUUCAACUCACCACCGUGACCUACGGAACAGCCUGUGCGCCCUUCUUAGCCUUGAGGGUGUUCAACCAGCUGGAGAAGGAUGAAGGGGACAGGUUGCCACUGGGAGCGGGCGCCAUUCGCAGGUACACCUACGUCGACGAUAUCCUUGCAGGAGCAGACGACGUCGACGAAGCCCUGCAAGCAAAACACCAGGUCAUUCAGAUCUUCAAGGCUGGAGGAUUUGACCUGAGCAAGUGGGCGUCGAACGUACCAGAGUUGAGGGAGAACGGCGCCUCCGACCAGCACCUCUUCCAGGAAUGGCCAGGAAUUGCCAGGCUAGGGGUCAACUGGGAUCCGACAACCGACUCCUUCUCGCUUCGGGUUGCGCCUCCAACGGACUCCCCGCCGGCAUCAACGAAGCGCUCCAUACUCUCGGAGGUCGAGAGCCUUUUCGACCCCUUGGGUUGGGUGGCCCCGGUGCUGGUCACCGCAAAAAUCCUGAUGCAGGAUCUCUGGAUCUUGGGCGCCGACUGGGAUCAAACUCUUCCUGAGGACAUCCAAAGACGUUGGCAAACCUUCAGGCACUCGCUGGACCAGCUGGAGACUCUUACCAUACCACGCUGGAUCAUCACUUCUUCCAAGAGCCAACCGGACCUGGAGCUUCAUGGCUUCUGUGAUGCCUCACAACGGGCGUACGCAGCGGCGGUCUACCUGCGAGUUGAACACGAGGGCCAGGUCAGAACUUCGCUCGUGGUGGCCAAAACCAAGGUGGCCCCGGUCAAAACCGCAACCAUCCCGAGACUUGAGCUGUGUGGCGCCUCUUUGCUGUCCAAACUCAUGGUUCGGGUCAAGGAAGGACUCGACCUACCGGUCAGGAUGCUGGCGUGGACGGAUUCCAGCGUUUGCCUAUACUGGAUCCGUGGACACGCCUCACAGUGGAAGCCUUUCGUAGUUCAUCGGGUCUCCGACAUCCAGUCCGAGCUUCCACCCGACCUCUGGAGACACAUGGCAUCAUCGGACAACCCGGCAGAUCUGGCCACGCGAGGGAUCUCUCCAGCUGAUCUCUUGAGGGCCGAACUCUGGUGGCAAGGACCUUCCUGGCUCUCUAAAUCAGCCAACCAGUGGCCAGCCGAACGCCUGGAAAAAAGCGAGACCACGGACUUAGAACAACGCAAGGUCACAGUACAUCUGGCCGUAGAAGACAACUCGGAUGAGCUCCUUACCAGGCUCAGCAACCUUGCCCGGAAAAGACCGUGCGAAAGCGGGUUCAUCAAGGCGGAAGAACGCACCUCCGCCCUCCGAGCCGCUCAUCGGGUCUCGGAGCAAGCCUACUUUGGGGAGGAACUAAGCCAUCUUCAGGGACAUAGAGAGCUGAAGAGGACUUCGCCGCUGGCAUCGCUAAGGCCUUUCCUAGAUGAACAAGGUCUGCUCAGAGUGGGAGGACGACUGGCCAACGCUCUACUACCGUUUAACGAAAGGCAUCCUUACCUCGUAUCGAAGAAUUGCCCUCUGACCACGCUAUUAGUGAGGGACGCCCACCUACGCACUCUCCAUGGCGGACCGCAGCUGACCAGAAGCCACAUGGUUCGUCAGUUUUGGAUCCUGCGUGGGAGAUCUCUGGUUCGGGCUGAAAUCAGAAAAUGCGUCAAAUGCGCUCGUUUCAGAGGACGAGCAGGCGGUCAACUCAUGGGCCAUCUUCCUAACACCGGCACAGCCCCUCAAUGA